CUGUGUUUCAGGUGACUGACCACUUGGCUAAUACGCAGAAUGAAGCAGACAUUUCAUAUAAUUACCCUGCUGGCUGUGGUAUUUUGUGUAGAAACAUUGCGGUGCAAAUUUUGUACAAAUCCUUACAAUCUCGCCACUAUUCAGACUUGCAGUACCAAUGAAACUGAGUGUGUCAAAAUAACCAGAACCUUUCCAUAUCGUGUCUCUCAGAGGUGCAUCAAGUCAAGUGACUGCCGUAGCCUGGAGUCCCUCUCUGUACCACUGCAGUUAAUUGUGCAAUGCUGCUCCACGAAUCUCUGCAACUGACCCUUCCUGCAUGAUUGUUUCUAAAAAUGAUGCUUGUUAUCUGUAGUUUAUACUGACAGAUUGAAA